AUGGCGACCCUCGAGCAGUUGUUCCAACCUGUUCAGCCGAGGAGCGAGGACACCUACAACAAGGUCACCGUAGUCGGCACCGGACAAGUCGGGAUGGCUGCUGUAUUCUCAAUGCUCACACAGGGCGUUACGACUAACAUCGCAAUGGUAGAUGUCAUGGAAGAUAAACUAAAGGGUGAGAUGAUGGACCUCCAGCACGGGUCUGCCUUCAUGAAGAACGCGAGAAUCCAAGCGAGCACUGAUUACGCUGUUUCAGCUGGAUCAAAGAUAUGUGUGGUGACGGCAGGCGUCCGGCAGCGUGAAGGAGAGUCGAGACUAGACCUAGUGCAGAGAAAUACCGACGUUCUUAAGCUAAUCAUUCCACAGCUCGUCAAAUACAGUCCAGACGCGGUAUUCGUGAUUGCCAGUAACCCAGUGGACAUUUUGACAUAUGUCACUUGGAAGAUCAGCGGACUGCCCAAGCACCGAGUUAUCGGUUCCGGGACUAACCUGGAUUCUGCCAGAUUCCGAUACCUUCUGUCUGAGAAGCUGCAGGUGGCUGCUACAUCCUGUCAUGGUUAUAUUAUUGGUGAACACGGAGACAGCAGUGUACCAGUCUGGUCCGGUGUGAACGUGGCUGGAGUUCGCCUCAGCGACUUAAACGUGAAGAUAGGCACUGAUGGCGACCCUGAGAAUUGGCAGGAACUUCACGACAGGGUUGUGAAGAGCGCCUACGAAGUGAUCAAGCUGAAGGGAUAUACCUCCUGGGCGAUCGGAUUAUCACUAGCACAGCUGGCAAGGGCUAUACUGACCAACGCGAACAGUGUUCACGCUGUAUCUACUUACUUGAAGGGCGAACACGGAAUCGAAGAAGACGUAUUCCUAUCUCUUCCAUGUGUUUUGGGCAGCAGCGGAGUGUCAGACGUAAUCCGUCAACCACUGACGGAGAAAGAACUGAGUCAGCUUCGGAAGUCAGCAGAAAUUAUGGCACAAGUACAGGCUGGCAUACAUUUUUAA